GAUCUUCCUCUCUCGCUCGCUACAUUCGUGCGUGAGCCAUUGGACUCGCAACGCGCAACGCAAGCCGAUGUGUGCGUGUGUGUGUACAUUUAUUAUUAAGCAACUUGGACGCGGUCGUUCGCAUACACCGACGACGCGUUUAUUAGACGUACGAGACGUCGUGGUCGUCGUUGCAACAGAGCAGCAGCAGUUCGUCCGGUAUUAUCCACUUGUGCGGAUGUCAGUCGGUCGUUUGAAUAAAGUGAACGCGAGUGUCUUGAUUUGACUCUUUCUUUUCGCUAUCUCGUUUGUAUUUUCAUCUCGAGUAUAAUAGUACGUAAUUACAAACGAUCGGCGUUUGUUUGUCUAUACGCAACUCGACGCGAUGGCAAACGAGGCGUGAUUUAUCAUCGAAUUUUAAUUAGCUUUCGCAUUAUACGCGGCUUGUUUGCCUUUCAUCGCGCGCGUGUCUAUAUAGAUGUAACUCAAAGGUCGCGCGGCGCGUUACAAGAACCGAUGCAUCGUGUGAGUUCAACGCUGUCACAUAAAGAGAAAAAAAGGCGAUACAGCUGAUUGCGCGGUAUAAAUUCGAGGCCCGAUCGACCCCGCAAAAACAGAAAAAAGUACAUCUAAUACGCCAGCAUGCCGGCACCCGAGGGAUUCAAGCUGCAGCUGGUCCAAGUCCUUUUCAGAUACGGCGCGAGAACGUGCAGCGAGGAGGAGAGCUCACUGCUCGCCCACGAGAUCGACGAGGCGUCCUCGCUCAACGAGACUCACGGCUACGAGCAGCUGACCAACCUCGGCAAGCUACAAGCCCACAAGCUCGGCAGCUGUCUGCGCGAGCGCUACGGCGACUUUCUCGGCUCGUCCUAUCGUCCGUCGGACGUGCACGCGACGACCAGCGAGCACGACUCGACCAAGGUGACGACGCAGCUCUGCCUCGCGGGCUUGUAUCCGCCCGCCUUCGAGAACAUCUGGAACUCGGAGAUCAGGAGCGUGCCCAUACCGUAUCACUGCGUGCCGCGCCGAUUGGACGCGCUCCUUAAGGGCCCCGAUUUGCCCAAGUACAGGAGAAGAUUCAGGGAGGAGUCGAGCUGCAACGCAAAGAUACGGAGCAAAGCCGCGGAGCUGAUGGAAAUGAACGAGCUCCUCGAGGACAAAGGCGUUCCGUCGCUGCAGCAGUCCGACUUUUUCGGAUGGCUGAAAGUCUUCAACGCUCUAUACGUUCACCAGAGAGCGGCGAGAAGCCGACUGCCCGAUCUCUACACCAAGGAGCUGUUCGAGCAGCUGCAGAGACACGUCGAGGACAUCUACGAUCUCAUGUCGCUGACGCCGGAGCUGCGCAAGCUCCAGGUGGGUCUGCUGCUCAAGCGCGUCCACGACAACGCGGCGCACCCGGCCAAUCCGCGCAAGGUCUAUCUGUUCUGCGCCGACGGGCCCGUGCUCGCGGCCUUUCUGCGAUCGCACCGAGUCGAUCGGGAGCUCAGGUGUCCGGGCUUCUGUAGCGCGGUGCUGCUGGAAAAAUGGCUCGACGCCGACGAUCGCGCACACGUGAGGAUGCUGGUCACGAGCGGUCAGAGCGACCUGUUCAAAGUCGUGACGUUACGCGACAGCGGCGAAAAUGGAUUUUGCCGUUUCGAGGAUUACAAGAGUCUCACGGAGGGCUUGUUCCCGAGCGACGAGGACGUCGACGAGAUUCUCGCCGAGUCGGCGGUGAAUUUGAAAAACUUACUGACCACGGAUUACGUGCACUGUGCCGCGUCGACUAGCCAGCAGCCAUCCGCUUGAACGAUACACGUUGGGAAAUGCAAAAUUUUGCAGAUUUAGCGGCGUCCAUAAAGAUACAUCGAUGUCGAAUAAAAAUUUACAUGCAUACCUCGAUAUAUACGAAGAAGAAAAAAGGAUAAGGAGAGAGAGAGAAAGAGAGAGAAAAAGUAGAUAAAGAAAGAGAAGCUAUAAGACGCACACAUAUAUAUGUAUAGCAAUAUAUAGUAUGCACUCGCCUUGAGUUUGAAAAAUUGAGCUUUCAAGCCUGCCUCGUGCUCGGCGCGGCUCUUGCGCGCCUCUUCGACCUCUUGCAAUUUUAAAUCCAA